AUAGAUAAAUACGCCGCGCCUUCCUCGCUUGCGGCGUUGGAGUGGGCCCAUGGACUACGACCUUUGGUGUGGAUCUUCCAUGUCACCUUUCGGGCCCACGACAACGGCCGGGCAAGCUCUAAAAGCAAGGGCGUCUCAAUUAGCUACCUAUCUACAAUAGAAUAUACUCUUCUUUCUAUAGCGAUAUUAAAUAGUAUAUAUAUAAAUUAA